CUGCAUUAUGGCGCCUUCUUUAUUAGCCCCCACACAUCCUUCGCCCAUCUUCCUUCCACCUGCUCCUCCUCCUUCCUUCUUCACUGAUUCAGCUUUCUCCAUUUCCACAACCUGCACCACAACCACCGUCCCAACAGCCACAAACCCCGCCGUAACUACCAACUCCGGCAGUGAGAUUUGAAGUAUGAGAACCAGCAACCAUUUGAUUGGAUUACUUAACUUCCUCACUUUCGUCCUCUCAAUCCCGAUCCUCGCCGGCGGGAUAUGGCUAAGUACUCAAGCCAACAGUACAGAGUGUCUCCGAUUCCUCCAGUGGCCGUUGAUCAUAAUCGGAGUUGCUAUCAUGGUCGUUUCUCUGGCUGGAUUCGCCGGCGCGUGUUACCGGAACACUUUUUUGAUGUGGUUAUACCUAUUCGUGAUGUUCUUUGUUAUCGUUGCUCUGAUUGUGUUUAUUGUCUUCGCUUAUGCCGUCACUGAUAAAGGAUCCGGCCGGACGGUUCCGAGUAGGGCGUAUUUGGAUUACUAUCUUCAAGAUUAUUCCGGUUGGUUGAAGGAUCGAGUUGCGGAAGAGAGCUAUUGGGGGAAAAUUAGUUCGUGUAUUAGGGAUUCUAGGGUUUGUCGGAAGAUGGGAAGAACUGUUGGAGGUGUUCCUGAGACUGUUGAAAUGUUUAAUCUCAGGAAGCUCAGCCCUAUUGAGUCUGGUUGCUGUAAGCCUCCUACAGAUUGUGACUUUGUCUAUCAAAACGAGACUGUCUGGACUGGUUUUGAAGGGAUGGUGCUUGUCAAUCCCGACUGCACGAAAUGGAACUCCGAUCAAACGCUGCUCUGUUACGACUGCAACUCGUGUAAAGCAGGCGUGCUGGCCAGCGUCAAGAGGAGCUGGAGGAAGGUCUCUGUGAUCAACAUUGUUGUCUUGAUCAUUCUGGUGAUUGCUUAUGUCAUUGGCAUUGCAGCAUUCAGGAACAAUCGACGCAUCGAUAAUGAAGAACCCUCCGGGGAAGCCCGGAUGGAAAAGGCACGACCGAGCUGGAUUCAUUCUUAGCUGAAUCAUUGUAUGGGAUAUAUGAUUGUCUAAAGUAUACAUUUUGAGGCUUUGGUUUUCUUUUUUAGCCUCUAGUGAUGUUUGUUAGUGUGAUGUUUUUAGGUCCAUAGGUAUAUUUUGUUUAUGGCAUCUUUUAAGUGAUUGAAAUGUACGGUUGUUAUUAUAUCAUCUUCGUUUUUAUCUUGAA